GCUGCACUCCACCUCUAUAUAAACAAACAAGCCAUUUCCAUACCACAAUAUCCAUUACAUUCUCCCUCAACUCAACAUUUACAAACACUCACCAAAAAAUAGAAAACAGAAAAACAAGUGACAAAACCAAGAAAAAUGAACUCUCCAGUCAUGUCUUUCCAAGACUCAUCUCCAAUCCACUACAGUCUCUCCCCAUCUUUCACUCCUUCCCCAAAAAGAUCAAAUCUUGAGCCAUGUAGCUUCAUUUCUUUGGACACCCACCUCAAAAAUCCAGCCUUUUCUGUGAAAAGACCAUCUGGAUCAAGAAAAUCAAGAACCAUGGCUGCCAUGAGCAGCAACAUGUGUGCUCCACCUCAAGCAACCGAGAGCUUUUACGAGCUCUUGGGCAUUUCAGAGAGUGGAUCACUCUCUGAUAUCAAGAAAGCUUAUAAGCAGCUGGCGAGAAAGUAUCAUCCUGAUGUCUCUCCAGCUGACAGGAUUGAGGAGUACACUCAGAGGUUCAUUCUUGUGCAAGAAGCUUAUGAGACUUUGUCUGAUCCUCAAACCAGAGCUUUGUAUGAUAGAGAUAUGUCCAAGGGGUUCCACUUCAAUUUUUCUGCUAGAGGAAGAGGUGCUGCUUAUGGACAGGGAUCAGAUGUGGGAGGAGAGUGGAAGAACAUGUGGGAGUCGCAGCUAACAAAGCUUAAACACAAGAGCGUGUACAGUGAUGGGUCGAGACAGUCGUGGGGAGCGAAAAUGCGCAGUCAAAACAGAGAAUCAUGUUAAAACAGAGUACUCUGUUUUCGUGUCUUUGUUAUCUAGUUCGAGUAGUAUUUAGAUUAGAUAAAACAGGGGACAUGCCCUUCAACCUCGUCAACUGAGCACUUUCAUAAUUUCCUUGUAUGUAUAUACGCUCACCUUUUAAAUAUAUCAUUACUAUCAAAAGUACUCGCACUUGUGAAUGUUUUAUUCAA